UCAGCUUCCCCAGGAAAUGGGAAGAGGAAACCCGGUGGCUCUGACCCCCAUGCAUAACGGCCACAGGACGACUCGAUGUGGAGAGAGAACGAGAACAGGGGAAGGGUGGAGGGUGGAUCUCGUUAUACCGAGACACUUGAAGCGAGACAUUCUAAAAAGAUAUUUGCAGAAGAUGAAGCUUCUCCUCACAACUCUGACUACUUUAUGCUGCUGUCGGCUGUCUCGCGCACUCACUCUGGACUCUGCUGGAAGGAAUGUCUGCCACAACCCCAGGGAUCCAUCCACCCUUGUGUGCUGCACAGGCUGGCGUCAGGAUGAAAAAGAAUGCACGAUACCCGUUUGUGAGGGUGAUCAGGCCUGUCUGAAGGAUGAGCUCUGUGUCUAUCCUGGAGUUUGUCGCUGCCCACCAGGCUACUACGGAGCUCACUGUAAAACACGGUGUCCUCCAGAGUUUUGGGCAUCAGACUGCCGUCAAGUGUGCCCGUGUCACCCACACGGCCGCUGUCACCCGGUCACGGGCGAGUGCACCUGCAACCCGAACCGCUGGGGUCCUCUGUGUCAAUACGCCUGCAAAUGUGGCCGUCACGGAGUCUGCCACCCCGUGUAUGGAAACUGCACCUGCGACGAGGGCUGGUGGAUGUCCACUUGCAUCAAACCUUGCCAGUGCGUCCCCGGGGGUUCGGUGGGACCUGGCUGCGAUCAGCUGACGGGCCGCUGUCAGUGCCACAAAGGACACUGGGGGCUGAAAUGUCCCGUCACUUGCAACUGCUACGUGUCGCAGUGCAACCAGCGCACCGGCGUGUGUGAGUGCGAAGCCGGCUGGUGGGGGCCCAGCUGUGACCGGCGAUGUAAUUGUGACCUCACACACAGUAGCUGCAACCCUGCCACCGGGCAGUGUUUGUGCCACCCGGGGUAUGAGGGCGACUACUGCAACCGGCCGUGUAAACCCGGGAUGUUUGGCAGCGGGUGUAAAAUGAGUUGUGGACAUUGUCAAGGAGAUGAAGCGUGUUCCCCCACAGAUGGCGCAUGCGCGGCCUGUGAGACCGGCUGGAAUGGGACACGGUGCGACCGCUUGUGUUUGCCUGGUUACUAUGGCAACAACUGCCAGGAGACGUGCCCGCGGUGCAGAAACAACGAGCCUUGCGAUCCCAAAAGUGGAGAAUGUUGGAGAUGUAAUCCGGGAUGGACGGGACCCAGGUGCAAGGAGGUCUGCUCGAACAGGACGUAUGGAGAGGCUUGCCACUUCCUGUGCAGCCCAUGUUACCAUGGUGACUGCCAUCACGUGACAGGAAAAUGCGUCUGUCGGCCCGGCUUCCAGGGGGAGAGUUGUAAUGACAGUUGCUCCACUGCACGGUUUGGCCUCAACUGCUCCUCAGCUUGUGACUGUGGCGAAGGCGUGAGAUGCCACCCGGUCACCGGUGCCUGCCCGAACAGUGGCCGAGGUGCUCUCUUGGCCGGCCUGCUGCUUCCUUUACUCCUGUUGCUCCUCGCUGUUCUCUGCUGCUGUCUGUGUUGCGGAGGAGGUCCGGCAGACGGCAAAGACGGGAUGGCGGUGGCAGAUGGAGGACUGUCAGCGCGGAUGAAAUAUCACGUGUACAGUGUCUUGGCGAACAUUGGUGCCGCCCUACCUUGCAUCUCUGACUGGUCCUCUGGCCUCCCUCGAGUCACGGUGUCUCACCAUGACCCAGAGCUGACCUUCAACCACAGCUUCAUUGAGCCUCCCUCAUCCGGCUGGGUGACUGAAGGGUCGUCCUUCGACAGUGACGAGGAGGAAGGGGAGGCUCUUUAUUGUGUCCCACCGAGAGAAGACGUUCCAGGAAUGGAGGCUAGCCACUUCCAGGAAAUGAGCUCCAAGUGUAACAUGCUCUUGGACCCAUCGGGCUUCAGCAGCGAGGACGUGACAUCCCCCUUUGACAUCCCCCGAACCUCCAGCAUUGCCAAAGCCAAGCGGCCGUCCGUCUCUUUUGCGGAGGGCACCCGCUUCAGCCCCAAGGAACGGCGCGGCUCCGCUCACGACGCCGCCUCUUUGUCCGGCCACCCUCGCAAACCCAAAUCAAAUUGGGGGCCGUUGACGCUCUCCGCCGGACCGGACGAAGAAGAUGGAGGUGAUGUUAAGGAGAGGGAAGAUGGCGUAGUCGUUCAAGUAACAGAUCACCAAGAUUUGAGCUGUGAGGUCGUGGACCAGGAGGAUGAUCGAAACUCGAGCGACACAACUGCAUCAGGACAACGACGUACCAUAUCCAACGCAGCUGCUCAACAUCGAGCUUCGGAUGAUCAAUCCGGCGUCUCAAACAAAGUCACCACAGUGUACGUUACAGUGGGGAAGAUGGGAAAGCCCACGUCCAAGCUGGAGUCGAGUUCAGAAGGCCCCGUUCAGGCCAUGUUAAGGCGACUCGGAAGUCUCCAGAGACAAAGAGAACAGGGGCCUGGCAAAAGCAAGGCCAAGGACACAGAAGCCUUCCCAAAGCCUCCCAGGAGGAAACUCGGAGCUCGGAGGAGUGUGUGGGAGCACGGCGGGCCUUCAGGAGUCGAGCCCGCCAUCAGUAAACCCGUGAGGAGAAAACACGCCUCACAAAACGACCCGCAAAUGCCUUCCGGCGACGCAGGGUCGUCAGAAAGCAUUCCCCUCAAAAGACCGCUGUCGUCCAUUUUAAAGAGCGUUCCGGAAGGGGCGUCAGCUGACAUUCAUGGCUCAUUCGGAAGGCAGGGACAUGAGCCCAACCAUGGGGUGGAAACUGAAAGCACUUACUUUACUGUGGGUCCAGCAGAGGACGCUGCUACUCUGAGUGAGGUCAUGACCGUUGAUAGUAAAGUGGGGAGUGUGAAAGAUGAGCCGUGCUAUGAAAACGUCAUGAUUACACACUGCUAUACCUCAAACACAAACGCAUAAGAGUACUGGAAUGUCUUGCGAUGGCGGCUUUUGGAGUACAUUUACAAACGCAUGUAUACAUGGAGAUUAGAAAUACCCAACAUACAUUGUACAGUAUGCACUUUAUAUGAAUCUAGAAAUAAACAGUCAUUUUUCAUAUUGA